GUUCACAGCUCAUUGCAGAACUAAAUGAGAUUUGGCUCAUGAAGUUGUGGAUGAGGCUGGACACUAGAAAAAAGAAGCUUAGCCCUCAGUGUCUGGAGCCUUUUGAUUUUUUGCCCACUGCAAUCCAAGAACAAUUGAUGCUCAAGAGAGAUCCUCAUGGAAAUAUUUCGAUAGCUGCUAUAGGGUUGCCAAAAUUGAAGCCGAGCAAAAUGCUUAUUCAAAUGGUUGUGGCUGAAUUGGAGGCCAGGAAGGAAGCAGGUUCCUGCCUAGAAUGGCCAAUCAAGGGGCGGUUUCACUUUUUCGGGUAUUUUCUCAGUGGCAAGGGUGUGACAACUGACAUCUAUCAUUGGAGGAGGGGACUCGGUUGCUGCUGUCGAGAAGGUUGGCCUUGCGAACAAGAUGAGCCAUAUCUCGAC